GAAAAAAGUCCUCAGCCAGCAGGGGCGUCGGGUCGAUCCCUCAUAAAUUGCGAGCCUGAUUCCAACUUCUCACAGCAACCCCUCCAGCAAUCUCUUUUUUCUGUUUUUUUACCACUCUCCACUCUGCCAGGCCGACACAGGAAGAGGCCAGGACGUUGUAAUCGCUGCUGCGAUACUGAAAAAGCCAGUUUAUUGUGUACUUCACUCCUUUUCUUUUGCGUACCCGGCAUCCGUAAUCUCACUCUUCUGAGGUAUGCCACACAUCGAAAGCCCUCCUUUGGCUCCAGCGAUGGCCUCGACCGUGGUUCCAACAAAGUCCAACUUCUCCGGCAUCCCUCCUACUCCCGAAGAGGUGACCAGCAUCUUGCGGACGAUCCUCGACGCUGAUGCCGCGCAAACAGCGCUCGACAACUCCUAUGCCCUUACAAACAUCCUUGCCAAGUCGAUAGGCAUUCGAGGCCUAUUGUCUUAUAACUUGAUACCAGAGAUCAAGAAGGCAGCCACAGACAAGAAAAAUGCCUCCAAGCGAGAAAGCGCCAUGUUCGUACUGGGCGCAAUGUUUGAGAGAUUUCCUCGAGAACAGCCCCUUAGCGAAGUCGUCUUUCUUGUCCAAAACGGAGGACUCUUUGACAUUGUCCUCGAUGGCUUGGCCGACAAGGGUUCUUCUGUUCGUGAAUCGGCCCAGUAUGCAGUCGACGAACUCUUCAAGAAUCUCGAGCCUGAAGCGUUGGUUAUCGGCCUGCUCCCGGCCUUGCAACGAUACCUCUCGAAGAAGACCGGCAAGUGGCAAGGUACUGUCGGUGCUUAUACUUUGCUCGGAAAGAUGGCAGAUAAAGCACAAAUGGGAACGGGAAGUAAAGACGAGGAAGUGGCCAAGGAUGUACUACGGGAUUCUAUGGGUAAGACCUUGAAGGAGCUUAUCCCUAUCGUCGAGGGUGGUAUGCACGACUUGAAGGGUGAGGUAGCCAAAGCCGCCACAAAGACGAUGACCUCGCUCACGACCCUGUUGCAAAAUGAUGAUGUUGCACCGCGGAUACCCCUGAUCAUCGACACUAUGAAAAACCCUUCUACGGACACGUUGCAGAAGGCCAUUCUGGCGCUCUCCCAGACAACAUUUGUUGCGAUUGUGACAUCACCUGUCCUUGCGCUUCUCACUCCUGUCUUAGAGAGAGCUUUGAACACACCGACCACGUCACAGGAGGUGUUGAGACAGGUUGUGGUUGUGGUGGAAAACUUGACCAAACUUGUGCAUGAUCCAAUCGAGGCCAGGACUUUCUUGCCGAAAUUGCAACCUGGUGUGCAGAAAGUCAAGGACAACGCUUCGCUUCCCGAAGUCCGGGAACUAGGUACCAGAGCCGUGGAUGUCAUGAAGAAAGCAAUGGGCGAUGACAAAGAUGGUGUUACCAACGGCCAGAUUGCCAAGACAUCCACCGACGAUGUCCUGAAAGUCUUGGAUAGCCAGAUCCGCACCAAGGGUGGGCUGCAGAAGGAAGACAUGUCCGUCUGGAAAGAUGGCCAGACCUACGUGUCUGAAAUGGUCCGAGAAGAUGUCAACGCUCGGGUCUUUUCGCGCAUACCUGGCCGUGUUGGUCCUUAUCUCAAAUACAUGCUCCCUGCCGAGAGCUGCACUUCGGUCGCUGAUGGCGUCCAAAAGUUCUUCGUCGAAGAAGACCACAAGAAGUUCGGUGCACCCGUGGUGACAGAUCCCAACGAAGUCGAGAUUGUCAAUGCAGAGUUCUCUCUCGCUUACGGCGGUAUGUUGCUGCUGUCUCACACAAAUCUGCGACUCCUGAAGGGCCACCGGUAUGGUCUUUGUGGCCGCAACGGUGCGGGCAAAUCUACCUUGAUGCGCAGCAUUGCGUCUGGCAAGUUGGAAGGUUUUCCUUCCCAGGACGAAUUAAGGACGUGCUUUGUCGAACACAACCAAGGUGAGGAUGCCGAUAUCAGCAUUCUCGAGUAUGUGUCCAAGGAUCCAGCGAUUGCCAAAGAAGGGCAAGAGAGGAUUUCUCGAGUCCUCAACGAGGUCGGUUUUACAGCUGGUCCUGAAGGCAGACAAUCCCACAAGGUUGGCUCGCUGUCAGGUGGGUGGAAGAUGAAGCUGGCUCUCGCCAGAGCUAUGCUCAUGAGGGCUGAUGUUCUCUUGCUUGACGAGCCGACCAAUCAUCUCGACGUUGCCAACAUCAAGUGGCUGGAGGAGUAUCUGAACACGAACACCGAGAUCACCUCGCUCAUUGUGUCUCACGAUUCGGGAUUUCUGGAUGCCGUUUGCACUGACAUUCUCCACUAUGAGCAAAAGAAGCUGGUUCCUUACAAAGGCAAUCUUGCUGCAUUUGUCAAGGUCAAGCCAGAAGCCAAGAGCUACUACACUCUUUCCGCAUCGACAGUGCAGUUCAAGUUCCCGGCUCCUGGUAUCCUCAGUGGCGUCAAGUCCAACACCAGGUCCAUCAUUCGGAUGACAAACUGCACCUUCACAUAUCCCGGAGCCUCAAAGCCGAAUUUGCAUGACGUCUCAUGCCAGCUAACAUUGUCAUCACGGGUGGCGAUUAUCGGUGCCAAUGGUGCCGGAAAAUCGACAUUGAUCAAAUUGCUGACGGGUGAAACAAUCCCUCAAACUGGCAAGGUCGAAAAGCAUCCUAACCUGCGAAUUGGCUACAUCAAGCAACACGCUCUCGAGCACGUUGAAAUGCAUAUGGAGAAGACGCCAAAUCAGUAUCUGCAAUGGAGAUACGCCAACGGAGACGACCGAGAAGUCUUGAUGAAAGCCACGCGUGUUCUGACCGACGAGGACAAGGCGCAAUUGGCCAAAUGGAUUGAUCUGGGCGAUGGCAAGGGACCAAGACAGCUGGAAAACUUGAUGGGACGGCAGAAGUUCAAGAAGACUUUCCAGUACGAGGUCAAGUGGAAGAACACGCUACCCAAGUACAACAGUCAAGUCUCACGGGAGACACUCCUCGAAUGGGGUUUCUCGAAGUUGGUUCAAGAAUUCGACGACCACGAAGCGUCGCGCGAAGGUCUAGGAUACCGAAUCCUGGAGCCGAAGGUGAUCUCCAAACAUUUUGAGGAUGUUGGCUUGGACCCCGAGAUUGCCAACCACAACCAAAUCUCUGGUUUGAGCGGUGGGCAAAAGGUCAAGGUCGUACUGGCUGGUGCUAUGUGGAACAACCCUCACUUGCUUGUGUUGGACGAACCUACCAACUUUUUGGACCGUGACUCUCUAGGUGGUCUGGCAGUGGCCAUUCGGGACUACAAGGGUGGUGUCGUCAUGAUCAGCCACAACGAAGAAUUUGUGGGCGCAUUGUGUCCUGAGCAAUGGCAUGUCGCCGAUGGACGAGUCAUGCACAAAGGUCAUCUCGCCGUCGAUCUUAACAGGUUCGAGGACUCCCGACCUGGGUCGAGCAACGUCAGCUCGGUAGUCUCGAGUGCGAGUGCCUCCGCGGCUGCAUCGGCUGUCAACUCGGGUGCCGAGGACAACAGCGACAUGAAGUUCAAGGCAAAGAAGAAGAAGAAGAUGACACGCGCGCAGAUGAAGGAGAGAGAAGUACGACGACGUUUACGACAUAUUGAAUGGUUGAACAGUCCCAAGGGAACACCACAUCCACCGGACACCGAUGAUGAGGAAUAGAACGAGCGAUGCAUCUAGAAAAGUGGGAUAUUUGUGAUCCAUAGCGUUGGCGUUCUCUUAGACAGGUACUGCUUUAUGAGGGUAUUGUGCAUGAGAUUAAGAAAUACAUGGCGUCGAUAUAGACAGAAUGUUGCAAUGGACGCAUUUGCACAGAUUGGACAUAUCUCCAAAGACAGCGGCUGUACUGAAAUGUAAUUUCGAGAAGCUGUUUCCUGGCACUUUUGUUCCAUGAUACUCUUCAGCCUCGUGAGCUUCUUCUCAUGACGAGGCUCGGCUGAUCUUCGGUUUGUUUGGUUCAAUG